AUGCUGCAGCAAGUACAAAGGAAUUAUCUCGAAGAAGCAGCCAAAAAGUAUUCUGAGGUUUGGUUCAACUAAUUCAGUCGGAUUACCCGUUGAAAAUUCCAGUCAUUGCUCAUGAAACAUCGAAACAAAAAAAAAUGACUCGAUUGGUAGUUAAAGCUCACCUGUUCAAGAAACCAUGACAGCAGCUGAGGGAAGCUAAAUGGAAUGGCUACAAAGCGAGGAAACCCUUUCUUCUGUACUCCUUAAGAGUAAACUGAAAGAGGUAAAUUUGCAACUGAACGCUCUACCUUGGUGAAAUUAUUCGUGGAGAACCAUCAGGGUUUCAAGUUCAAAAAUAUGGACUAUAAUUAUUCUUUAAACUUUAAAGAAUAAAGUUCAUAGCUGGAAAAAAACAAAUUCUUAUUUCAUAAAAAAACACAUUCUUAUUUCAUAAAAAAAUUAGUGGAAAUGAUGAAUCUCUAUAAUCUAAACCUUGGAAUUUUUAUGAAAAAAAAAACAACUUUCUCGAGGGUUAUGGCCAACGGUCGGUUUCCGGAGCGGCGCACCUUGGUCCCGCCUUCUUUCUCCGGCGGCUCAUAAAAGCCUCGAAGGCGCGGAAAGACGACGCGGAAAGGCUCUCCUGAACGUUAGAUCCAGUUUUUCUCAUCGCUGAAAGCAAUGCGACUUCUCAUUCUCACGUUUUGCUUCGUAAGUUACUCGUUUCUCGAUAAUUAUUUUUUUUUUUCGCUAAUAUUAGAAUUUGAUCAAGACUUUUUUCCUAAUAUAUAAUUCCAAAUUUUCUCGUUUUGUUCAACAUUUCGUUUCUAAUUGCUGAAAAUUUCCAGAUUGCAUUGGGCUCAGCUUUUGAAAUCUGUGAUUACUACCGAAUGAUCGGUAAACUCGAUGAGCACCCUGAAUGUGUGAGAGCGGCGCCGACGCCUCCGCCCACGACUCCAGAGCCUCGAAUCGGCUUCUGCUCCAGGUUAGUCUUCGCUCUAAUUUGGCCCAUCAUAUCUCUGCUCCAGCUCGGCGGCGCUGAUUCAGUGCACGGCAGACGCGCAGACCUGCCCUCUGUCAGGCCAGGUGUGCAUCCAGUCCGACGGCAACAAGUGCUGUCAAAUUGUCACCGCAGGUCAGUCGAGAACCACCCAGAAGGCCUCAGGGUCCCAAGUCUUGAGCAAACCGUUCGGCCAGCCGUAUUUGCUUUCAUUUGCGGAGGUCGCACGGUCGCUUUCAUGCCUUGGGGGUCUUUUCUAAGCCGCGCUUAUUGUGCAUGAGAGUGUUUGUUCAAAUUUUUGAUACAGUGCAAAGAAUUUGAAAAGACAUCGGCCUUCUGCUUUAACAAUGACUCUCCCCAAAAUUCUUUCAAGAAGGUUAAUUUGAUUAUAAAAGUUUCUAAUCCAAUAGCUUCUCGGAUGGAUUUUGAUGUGCUGUUAUCUAUUCGGUUAACUGAGUAGGAUUACAUUUUCGAAGGUUUUUUUUUCAAUUUUAGAACUUGAUUACGCCGCCAAGAGUUUUUUGAAAAAGUUCCCACAAAAUUAUUCGAACAACUAAAAUAAACUGGCUUUUCUAAACGUUGUCCGUUCUCUUUAUUUCGCGAGUUUUAGUUUGAAGCAGGCUUGUGCGUCAGGCCGGCCGGGCCCGGGCUUCGGGCCAAAUUUUUAGGAAAAAGCCCGCGUGGGCUCGGGCAGGGCCGGGCUUCAAAAAAAUUCCAAAAUUUCACUCAAAAAAUUUUCACCGAAAUGAUACUUUUACUUUUGAAAUCAUAGUUUUUGUUAAACUUUAAGUGAAAAAAUGAGCAAAAACGUAAUUUUUGUCGUACAAACUUGAUAUCCGACCGGAAAAAAUUGCGCGCUUUGGGCCGGGCGAGCCAUUUUUUUUCGAGGCUCCGCUAAGGCCGGGCUUACAAAACGGUCGGCGGGCAGGCUCUCGCACAAGCCUGGUUGGAAGUAGGUGGAUAAGCGCAGUUUUUGUUCAAAUCAGAAAACGUUUCCAAAACCAAAUUUUAAAAAGUGUUUAGAUCGACUGAAAUAACUUGAAUGGGGAUAAACUUGGUGGAAAAAGACAGAUAAAGCUGAUCAUGUUUCGUUAAUACAUUUUUUAUUUUCAAAAAAAAACUGAAUCAUGUAAGUCGUUCAUUUUUUUUCCGAGAUAUGAUUUAUCCUGUUUCUAGUGUCUUCAAUCAAAAUGUUUUAUUUCUCACACACAAGUACUAAAUUUCACGAAAUAGAUGUAGGGAGAGUUUGGGAACAUAUGUGUCGGAACUUGUGGUGAUGGAGGGAAGAGGACUCGCGGUCGUGUUAACCCCCCACUUGAGUAAAUUGGAAUAACCAUGAAGUUAUUCUUUUAAAUGUCGAUUAUGUAGCUUUCAUACUGGAGAGAGGCUUAUUUAUUUUUGAGCAAAGUCCAGUAAAAUGAUUUUAUUUUUGGUGGUCAGUGAGAAAAUCGAAAGGGUCUUUGCCAACCGGUCACUGCUAAGCACCCAAUAAAAACAACAUGAAAAAGGCCGACAUCAAAACAAACAAGAGCCUUUUCAGGAAUUCCGGCGUCGGAGAUCAACUCGAAGGCCGGUUCCUGUCCGCGGCCGCUUGGCAUCUCCGUCUUCCAGGACACGACCAUCGGCUGUUGGAUGGACUCCAACUGUCCGGGCAUCCAGAAGUGCUGCGUCGAGCCGAAUCCCGUCACCAAUUCCGCGACAAGAAUUUGCCGCGACCCCGUCGGCAUUAGCAGUAGGCUUUUUCUUCCCCCUCAAUACUUUCAUAACCGCAUCUCAUUUUUAGUUUUUAUUCAUUCAUCUGAAAGAAAGGCAUGAAUUUAAAUUUUUAAAAAGUAAUUUUAAUUGGAAAAAAAAUACAAUUUUUCCUUCUAUUUUGCUAAACUUCUUUAUUAUUCUGAAGGAAAAUUUCAACCAAAUUUAUAUUUAAAAUAACACGUUAAUGUUCGUUUUUUUUAAUGAAGGGCAAGGAAUUGGGAAUUCGAAAUGCCUUAAAAAAGUAGAAAUUCCCUGUUCGAUUUGACAUUUCGAAAUCAUAAAAAACGGUUUCAAAUGAAAAAAAUAUUCCAUCGAAACCCAAUCUCGUUUGUUAAUCAAUCAUAUUUUCCCAUGAGCAAACAAGAAUUACCAAUGAUUUGAGUUCACUUUUGUUUCUGUUGUCAUUUGAAGGCAACCUUGUAGGCACGAAUCUGUGCUCCCUGCCGUUGGCGGUCGGUUCUUGCACGGCGCCGGCGGUCCGAUUCUACUACGACGCCUCGUCGGCUCGCUGCAACCAGUUCAUGUACAGCGGCUGCGGAGGCAACGCCAACAACUUCCAGUCCUUGUCCAGCUGCCAGGCGACCUGCGGACAAAGCGGUACUAACCGAUAUCUUUUUUUGUUUUUUUUCGUAACCUCUUUUCUGUCUUUCUUUUUUUUUUUUCGUUUUUGGUAACGGACAGAUUCUCUGCCGGUUGCAGAAUGGAAUUCGUUUCAGGAAUCACCGGCACCCCGGCCUGCCCCGCCGACGCCAAUGCCGGCCUCAACUGCCUUUUCGCUCACGCCGACGCUUGCAACACUGACAGCGACUGCCUCGGCCGCGAGAACACGGUCCGUGUUUCCUUCUCGAUUUGCAAGUUGUGAUUGAACUUUUUCAGCCUCAGCCAUCAUGCUGCAUGACGAGUUGCGGCUAUAAGAUCUGUUAUCAGUACUGA